GUCGCCUUCGCAUAUCUAACAAUCACUAAAAUCUCUCCAAAACGGAACCAAAAUCAAGCCGUACGCUAGGUCAGAUGGAUUCCAACCCAGAGCUUACUCAUCUCUACUCAUGUAGCCGAUGGGCUGGAACAGAUCCUAGUCAGGUUAUCAACGACUAUGUAAGGAUUGGAAUUGAAACCUGUGAAGAGCUCAGAAAGGAGGCACACAUUGAAGACAUUCCAUAUAAAGAUGAUGCAAACGACAUGACAAGAAUCGACGUUUGGGGGGAAGUAAGCAGCAAGCUAGUUAUAUUCAUUCAUGGUGGUUACUGGCAGGAAGGAACGCGUAAACUGGUUACUCCUGCUGCUGUAAACCUUGUGAAAAGAGGUGUUGCCAUGGCGGCUAUCGGCUUCGAUUAUGCUAGUCGUAGUCAUCCUUUGUCAGAAGUGGUCACCCAAGUGACGCUCGGUGUUGAAUUUUUACUCAGAGAGUAUCCCAACGUGAAGGAAGUCACGCUAGCAGGGCACUCCGCUGGCGCUCACUUGGCAUUCAGUGUCGCUGUGCGUUUGAAAAGUUCUCGGAUACGGAAGCUCGUCUUAAUCUGUGGAGUGUACGACCUGCACGAGCUGCCACUUUGUGAGAUCGGCAGCGUAAUUGGAAUGACUCUUGAUGAAGCAAGUAAGAACUCUUGCCGUGCAGCUCAACUAGUGGAGCUUGGUCUUCAUGUGCAGUUUCUUAUCGCCUUGAAGGACUCGCCCAAACUGAUUGAGCAGAACCGGGUCAUGGUGCAAGAGGCAAGGGAACUGGAUUUGAACUUGGAAGCUCAUGAGUUUCCCGAACAUGACCACUUCAGCAUCAUUGAAGCACUCCGAUUUGAAAACGAACAGCUUACUCACAAAUUCGUUGAUUUUAUCUCUGGUGGAAGUACAUAAUAAGAUGCACAUUUUGAAUUUGAUACACUAUGGAUAAAGUAUGGAGGGCCAAU